UUCUCUCCGUCUCUCAGUCACGCUCGCACACAGACAGACAAAAACUAAUCACUACUGCCUCUGUCAGUGAGCGACAGUGACCAUCCUCUCUUCCAGAAGGCCUCAGACUGAGCGAUCAUUGAGCAGUCUCCCUGAAACCAUGGACAGUACACUGGAGAAUGAUCAGAGCUGGAUCCCCAAGGUGAUAAAGAAGAAAAUCUGUUCCACCUUCCUAGAGGAUACAGCUACUCAAAGCAAACUGCAGCUCUGCCAAUGCGGUUAUCCCAAGACUUGCCACAAACAGGUGGCAAUGGAGGACAACUUUGGGGCUGCCGUGGUCAGCAGAUGGAACACGGCAGAUCACACGACAGAGGAGCCAACCGACGCUUUUGGAGACGUGGCGUUUUUCAGGAAAGGGAGAAGGCAAGGCAAGUUUGUGCGACUUUCUUCGGACACUGACCCUGCGAUCGUCUACACCCUCAUCACCCAUUUCUGGGGGAUAGCGCAUCCCAACCUGGUGGUGUCCGUUGUCGGGGGUGAACAGAACUUAAAGAUGAAGACCUGGCUGAAGGACAUCCUCCGUCGAGGACUAGUCAAAGCUGCACAAAGUACAGGAGCGUGGAUUAUGACGAGUGGACUACAAGUUGGGAUUGGCAAGUACGUUGGUCAGGCAGUGCGUGACCAUGCUACAGCAAAUACACGGUCGACUGCCAAGGUGGUUGCCAUGGGGAUAGCACCUUGGGGAAUAGUGUACGAGAAAGAGCGUCUUGUGAACCCCAAGGGGUCCUUCCCUGCCAAAUACACAGUGAGCAGUGACAAAGAUGAAGAGUACACGCUGGAUGACAAUUACUCUGCCUUCCUUCUGGUGGAUGACGGCACCAACAAUCGAAUGGGGGGAGAAAUUCAGUUCCAAGCACGGCUGGAGCAACAUAUAUUGACACAGAGGACAGGAAUCGGAGGGAGAGGAAGCAUCGAGAUCCCUGUGCUGUGCAUGUUGAUCCAGGGGGGGCCUAACAUGCUGGAGAGAAUUUACAAAGCUACAACGAACAACAUCCCAUGGCUCAUCCUGGCAGGGUCAGGGGGGCUAGCCGACAUCUUGGCUGAGGUCAUGAUGGGAUCCUUCACAGCGGAGACCCUGAAGAAGGAGGUGGAAGUGCAGAUCCAGAAGCAUUUCCCUUCCGAAGACAUCCAGAGGCUGGUCGAGCUGGUGGAGAGGAUUUUUGAAAACAAGCAACUAAUAACAGUCUACAGGGCAGAUCUGGAUGGGACGGAAGAGUUCGAUACAAUCAUUUUAAAGGCGCUCUUCAAAGCCUGUAAAAAGGAGAGAACCGAUGCCCAGAGUUACCUCGAUGAGCUGAAACUGGCGGUGGCCUGGAGCCGAGUGGAUAUUGCCAAAAGCCAAUUAUUUAAUGGAGAAAUCGAGUGGAAAUCUAGCGACCUGGAGGACCCCAUGACUGCCGCCCUGGUGAACGACAAGACGGAGUUUGUCAAGCUGUUCAUCGACAACGGGUUUAACAUGGUGGAGUACCUCUCAUACCGACGCCUGGAGGAGCUCUACAGCAUGGUGGCAAGCAAAUCUCUCCUCAAUAGCUUCCUACAGAAGAAGAAGGAGGAGAGGAGGUCCUUGCAAGGGGGCAAGGAGUCCAUGCUGCUGCCUGUCAACCCAAACUUAUCUGGGGCUCAGCAGAGCUACACGCUCCUCGAGGUGUUGAAGGUGCUGAAGGACCUGAUGGGAGAUUUUUGCGAGCCCAUGUAUGGACAACUCUUCAAACAGGCCGAUUCACACAGAAACAAGCCAUUACUGAAACCUCAGGAGCUGUCCUAUCAGAUGAGGAAAUGCGCCACUCCCUGGACAGACCUGUUCAUCUGGGCAGUCCUGCAAAGCCGCAAUGAGAUGUCCACCUACUUCUGGGAAAUGGGUGGAGAGUCAGUGUCUUCUGGCCUCGUUGCCUGCAAGAUCCUGAGGGAAAUGGCUCGAUACCAGCCAGAAGCAGAAGGGGCCCAACUCAUGAAGGAGAUGGCAGCAAAAUUUGCCCAACUGUCGCUAGACGUGUUCAACCAGUGUUACCGUCACAAUGAGAAGCGUGCGUUCCGGCUGCUGGUGCGGCAGUGCCCACUGUGGGGCAGUGCCACCUGUCUACAGCUUGCCAACGAGGCCGACGCCCGAAAUUUUCUUGCUCAUGACGGAGUCCAGGCCCUCCUGAAUCAGAUCUGGUGGGGGCAGAUGGACAGGAACACAGAAACUUGGAAGCUGUGCAUCGCUUUCUUCUGCCCCCUUUUCAUAUACAGUAACCUCAUCAAGUUCAGCAACAGCAGAGAGGAACACAUGACAGAGAAGAACACAUCUGAUUUGGACAGUAUCGACGGUGAUUUAUUGCUUCCCAAAUCUGACAUCUAUCAUGACAGUGAAGCUGACGUCAGUGUGUCGCCUGGCAACAUGCGGCCAUUUUGGAUGAUUCGAUGGAAGCAAUUCUGGGGAGCUCCUGUCACCUCGUUCUUUGGGAAUGUCAUCAUGUAUUUUGCCUUCCUGUUCCUCUUUGCCUACGUCCUGAUCCUGGAUUUGCCUCUUAAGAAUCCAUCGAUAGCAGAGCUCAUCCUAUAUUUCUGGGUCCUCACGCUCGCCUUCGAAGAGAUCCGACAGACCUUCUUUGUCAGCGUGAACAUCCCCUUGAAGAAGAAGGUGAAGCUGUAUUAUCAGGACAUGUGGAACAAGUGCGACAUUCUGGCUAUCCUCAUGUUCAUCGCCGGGGUCAUCGGCAGAAUGUUCAGCUCGUGGUACGAGAUGGGCCGGGUCAUUCUCUGCCUCGACUUCAUGGUCUUCUGCUUUCGGCUGGUUCACAUCUUCGCCAUCCACAAGCAGCUGGGACCAAAGAUCAUCAUCGUCGGCAAGAUGAUCAAAGAUGUGUUCUUCUUUCUAUUCUUCCUGGGAGUCUGGUUGAUGGCGUAUGGAGUAGCCACCCAAGGCCUCCUAUAUCACACUGAGUCCCGUGCCAGUUGGAUUUUCCGCAGGGUGUUCUACCGGCCCUACCUGCAGAUCUUCGGGCAGAUCCCACUCGAUGAACUGGACGCUACUCGCUUUCACUCCAGAUGCCCAGAUAAUCUCACCAAGGGCUCAGAGGAAGAACUGUCUACCUGCACCAACACCUAUGCCAACUGGUUGGUCAUCCUGCUGCUGACCAUCUUCCUCCUGAUCGCCAACAUCCUGUUGGUCAAUCUGCUCAUCGCCAUGUUCAGUUACACCUUCAAUAAAGUUCAGGAGAAGAGUGACAUCUAUUGGAAAUUCCAACGCUACAAUCUGGUCGUGGAGUAUCACAAACGACCUGCAUUGGCUCCUCCCUUCAUAAUCCUGAGCCACAUCCACAUCUUCAUCAAAAGAAACAUACGAAAAGUCCCCACGGUGAAGGGCAGGCUCUUCAUAACAGACCUCUCGGAGGCCGUGGCCAACAGACUGAUGACUUGGGAGGCGGUGCAGAAAGAGAACUACCUGCUGUCCCGCAACAGAAUCAAACGAGAAAGCAACAUGGAGCGACUGAAGAGGACCGCACAAAAGGUUGACAGUGUUCUAAGCUACAUCACUGACAUCAGGGACCAUGACAGGCGGCUAAAGGUAAUUGAGAAACAGAUGGAGUAUUGCACCGAAGCCUUACGGUGGUUAGCGGAAUCCUUGCUGCAAAGUGACCUCAUUGGGAAUGCCAGAGCCCCGCCCACAUUUACAGAUCCUUCAUCAAAAAAGGACAGCAGGCUGUAACGAUUCAAAAUGAAAACUGCCUCAGCAAUGCUAACCUACACUGUGAAUAUCAAGAUCCUUAACCUUGCCUUUCGACUGCGGACAACAAACCGAGAGUAAAUUCCGGUCCUGUGGGACUGAUGAUCCUGAUCUGCAUCUUGUUUCUGAAGGUGGAAGCCCACAGUCGUAACUGAGAUUUUAUUGUGCUCUGUACCCGUUGAUGGGUACAGGGCUGGGGCAGAGAAAUGGGGCUAGAGCUGGAUGCUCAAGCAAAGAGGUAGCACAAAGACAAUGUCUCCUCCCUGCGUUGAGAGUGUCACAAUUUGUACAGAUGUUAAAUCUUGUUAUUUUCUUUUGAAUGAGUGGAAUGAAUUACAUUGAGAGUCCUGACAAUUUAACUCUUCAAUUGAUGGCAGGUUCCAAAACUUUCUAAAUUCCCUGGUUUUAUUCAUUCCUUCGCUUUGUUACAAGUGUGAAGGUUAUAGGAUUAUUACAUUUUAGGAUCAUAUCUUUUGGUUUAUUAGGUGAUCAUAGUGUUCUACCUCACAGGGCUGAAAAUCAAGCCCUGCUAUUCCCGGAACCAUCACAAAAAUUAAGGUUUGUAAAAAACACACAAAGGUUCCCCAGUUCAGAGCCAGCUCAGAGAAAGCACAGACCAAGUUUCUGCCCUUAACGAAAAUCUCUAUUACAAAUAAUUAGAUUGCAGCUACAGGUAAACCAUUAUGAACCAUUGACAUAUAACUUUACCAAUUAAAACUCCCACACACACACACAUACUCACACACGCACACACACAUACUCACACACACACACUCAGAGUGACUCACACACUCAGAGACACACAUGUGCACACACACACUCAGAUACAUUCUCGCUCACACACACACACACACACACACACAAUGUACACAGGCAGGGGAAAAAACAUGGGUGUUAUGGGCAGUGGCAAAGAUUGGAAAGGCAGUUCAGUGGUUCUUGUUGAUGCAGGUUGCUGAGAUGAUUCUUAUGACUCUUGUGUAGCUUCUCAAUCUUCCUGCUCUGAAAGCUUUCACUAGUUUGCAAGGUGGCUGGUUCAAACUGAUUAAAGAUAUCUGCCUUAUUAAUUAAAAGUCACAGCUUACAGAAACCUCUGGAGGAAAAAUGAACUGGUUUUCUUCAGGCUUAAACUGCAGGGAACCAAGUGAGCUCCUGAGCCCAGGAGUUCUUAGGCUUCUCACUAUUUUGUUCACAUUCCCUACCUGGUAAGCUUUCUGAAAACUAAUCAGAGAGUAGACAGAAGGGCUUUAUUAUUGAUAACUGGUCACCAGUUCACAAACGGAUCAGCUUCUUGUUGCCAACCAAAGAUCCAUUUGCACUCAACUCUUCGGUGCCAGCUUAUCUGCUAACUACACUUCAACUACUGCAGCUGUGUAGAGACACAAAGUGUUGCUUUCAUAAUAGGCAGCAAUCCUUUGCUUUAAAGCAAUUCUUUUCCCAUUUGAAUCCACAAUUAAAAUUACUGAAAAACAAAAUGAAACCGUCUUCAGAAAUAUAUUGCAACUGUAUCUGUCAAUGUACGUUAAAUAAAAAGGCUGGAGCCUAUCUGACAGCGCACAUAGGAGAUUUUAAUGGCUAAAGAUCAGAAGAAAAUGUAAAUUCUGUUAAUA